AUGGCCCUCCAGGCUCCUCUAGUGAGCCUCCCAGCGCUUGGCCCUGAUGCCUGGUCAUCACUAUCCGGCGCGCUGGCUUCGCCACUCAAAGCGUUGAGGCAGCAUCGAAUGAUUCGGACCCGUGGCGAAAGCGCCGUAUCGCAAGCGAGACAGAUAUCACAAUCGCACGGCGGCUCGCCACGAAUACCCGACUUCCUUCGAAGUGCAUCGUCGUCAUCUCUGCUAUCGAAUGCCGGUACUCUUGUAGGCGCAAGCGCCUUGCGCCCAUUACACAAUGCCCUACUGCUCACCCCACGAGUGUACUCGAGAGGACUUGCGACACAUGCUGUCCGAAACCCCUCGACACAUAUUGAACAGCGAAACAUGCCACAGACCGCAAGUCCGUUGAUGGUUGCUUUUGGAUUCGGAGGUUCUGGACGAGGCAACAAUGCAGGCCGCGGACAGAAGCGCUCGUUCUCGAACACAUCUCAGCUCUCCAACCAGAAUAUGCUUGCGCACGCAGAACGGACGGCAAACAACAACCCAACAAGUGCAACAGCGCAGCAGGCAUUUUACGCCGCCUUACUGCGAGCGAACAUGCCGAAGAUUGUCAUUGAACGGUACCAGACAGGCCGCUACGCGAACAGUCCAGCGACAGAUGCGUCAUACCUGAAGGCCCUUCAGGUCACCGGAACAUUACCUCCUCCCGGUGCUCCUAGUCAGACGCAACCUGCAGGCGGUCUCGAUCAACACACUCUUCAGUCCGUUGGUCAAGCGGUUGCAGCUCACAACUAUGGUGGCUCGUUCGUUACGCCGAGCGCAAAGACUGGCACUGGUGCUAAGGAGUCACCACUACACGUCAUCGUGGAAGAAUCCUGGGGUGCUUCUGUCUUCCGCUGGGUCAAGUUUCUUGUCAUCGCGGCUAUCCUGGCCUACUUCGGCAUUGUCGUCCUGACCAUGCUCGUGGAAUUUGCGGGCAGCUUCCGGACGAGAGUUGGCCAAAACAACGAAGUCCAGGCUCAGCAUCAGACCGUACGCUUCAGCGAUGUCCACGGCUGCGAUGAAGCAAAGGAGGAGCUGCAGGAGUUAGUCGAGUUCUUGACGAAUCCCGAGAAGUUCAAUCAACUUGGCGGCAAGCUGCCCAAAGGCAUACUGCUCGUCGGUCCACCAGGUACGGGCAAGACCAUGCUUGCCCGUGCGGUAGCUGGCGAGGCAGGCUGCCCAGUCUUCUACAUGUCUGGAUCUGAAUUUGAUGAGCUCUACGUUGGCGUGGGCGCAAAGCGUGUGCGAGAUCUGUUUCAACAAGCUCGCAACAAAGCUCCGGCCAUCAUCUUCAUCGACGAGCUGGACGCUGUUGGUGGUAAGCGUAACGCGCGUGAUCCAGCAUACGCCAAACAGACCUUGAACCAGCUAUUGACCGAGCUCGAUGGGUUUAGCCCUAGCACUGGCGUCAUCUUGAUUGCCGCAACGAACUAUCCCGAUGCUCUGGAUCAAGCUCUGACCCGUCCCGGACGAUUCGACCGACACGUUAAUGUGCCGCUGCCUGAUGUGCGUGGUCGUAUCCAGAUCAUCAAGCAUCAUAUGAAGAAUGUUCCGGUCUCGACUGACGUUGACGCAACUACUCUGGCACGCGCCACGAGCGGCAUGUCUGGCGCCGAUCUGGAAAAUCUGGUCAACCAAGCUGCUAUUCGUGCCUCUCGGUUGCGAUACAAGAAGGUCAAUGGUGAGUGCUUUGAAUGGGCCAAGGACAAGAUCAUGAUGGGUGCCGAGGCCAAGUCACGGGUUAUGAGAGAAAAGGACAAGAUCAUGACCGCCUACCACGAGGCUGGUCACGCCUUGGUCAACCUCUUCACUCCUGGCAGCAAUCAGCUUUACAAGAUGACCAUCAUUCCUCGAGGACGAGCGCUUGGUGUCACGCACUCCUUGCCCGACAUGGAUGCCGUCAGUCAAGGCUACGACCAAUAUCUCGCGCAUAUUGCCGUCGCCAUGGGUGGUAGAGCAGCAGAAGAACUCAUCUACGGACCCGACAAGGUAUCGAGCGGUAUCUCGUCGGACGUGUCAUCUGCUACGCAAACUGCUUUCGCGCUAGUCACCAGAUUUGGCUACUCUCCAAAGCUUGGGAAUGUGGAUCUGGCUACAGAUUACAACAGCUUGUCGAGUGAGACAAAACAAGAAAUUGAGCGGGAGGUGCGCCGGAUUGUUGAGGACGGCAGGAAACGAGCGGACAAAAUCAUGGCAGACAACCGCGCAGGUCUGGAAGCGUUAAAGGAUGCUUUGAUUGAGUUCGAAACCUUGGACCGAGAAGAGAUUCUCAAAGUGCUCAAAGGCGAGAAGUUACAACGGAUACAACCAGAAAUCCGUGAAGAGGAAGACGAGAAGAAGGACGACAGCGGGGGACGACCCCUCAAGACCCCAGGCGAGGAGAGGAAGAAGAAGACGGGUGGAACAGGAGGGGUAGGCAUCAAACUACCGGAGGUUCUGCUCCCAACUUCGCCAAAAGGACCUGAAAGUGCGAGGUCGGGACGCAGUGAAUGA